AUGGCACAUGGCCCUCCUUCGCCCACGCAAUCAACAUCAAAUUAUUCUCUAACAAGCAGCAUCAAGAAAGGACGUGAACCCACGCUCAGCACAGAUGUGGACGAUCCAUCUCAUCCAUUGUACCAUCAUCGUCGUAUAGUCACUGACUUUGACUAUGGAGAAAUACUUGGCGAGGGCUCCUAUUCUACAGUUCUGAUAGGAAGAGAUAAACGAACUGGAAAGCAAUAUGCCAUCAAAAGAUUGGACAAAGCACACAUUGUCAAGAACAACAAGGUCAAGUAUGUCAUGAUUGAGCGUGAUGCUCUUAGUAGAAUGAACCAUCCUGGCAUUGUCAAGCUCUAUUGGACAUAUAAAGACAACAGAAGUCUAUACUUUGUGCUGGAUCUAGCCAAGAAUGGCGAACUGUACACUUAUAUUAGAAGGCUGGCACCGUUUGAUUUAGAAACCACGAAAUUUUAUGCCGCAGAGAUUCUGUUAUCCAUUGAGCAUAUCCAUAGCAGAGGCGUUAUUCACAGAGAUAUUAAGCCAGAAAAUAUACUGCUGGACGAUCACUUGCACAUCAAAGUUACUGAUUUUGGGUCGGCAAAGAUCAUCCACGAAAACGAAAACGCAACAACGGGAGAUGGGGAAGACACAUCAACAGCAGCCAGAUCAUUUGUAGGCACAGCAGAGUAUGUUUCGCCUGAAUUACUUCGUAGCGAUGCUGUAUCCAAAGAAGCUGAUUUAUGGGCAUUUGGCUGUGUCAUCUAUCAAAUGUUGUCUGGAAAAUCACCCUUCAAAGCAGCCACCGACUAUCUUAUCUUUCAAAAGAUAAAGGGUUUGGACUAUGUAAUACCUGAUGAGUUUCCGCCAGCAGCAAAGGAUAUUGUACAACGAUUGUUAACGUCUGAACCAGAAAAGAGAUUUGGAUCAGCAGCUACAGGCGGCAUUGCUGCUAUCAAAGAGCAUCCAUUCUUUGAGGGGAUUGAUUGGGAAAACAUAUUCAGUUCAACGGCACCACCUCUGGGAGAAAGAUUAGAGAGAGAGGUGAAAGCGCAUCCUGUGGUACCACCUACGUUUGAUUUUGGAGGACACGAUGAUGAGGAUGAUGAGGACGAAGAUUUAUGGGCCAAUCAAAACAGCAAAAGUGACAGAGAUAGAGUAGCAGCAGCAAGGACAUCAGCAGCAUUAGGAUCAACAUUGGCAGGAGCUUUAGCUGGGGCUUUUGCACAGUCAACAACAGUAGAACCCGCCGUGCAAACGUCAGCAUUACCUAUACCAGAUCCAUUUCACGACCAAACCAAAUCAUCACAUUAUGCAUUGACAGCAUCCACCCCAACAGCACAGGUCAGUGAUACUGUAUCUACAGGCAAACCAGCCAGACAUAGUCGGCAGUCGUCAUCUGCCAGUCGAUUAAAACCGCAAGCACAGCAGCAUAUACAGAAACCCUCCAUGAGCUCCAACAGAUCGAGCCACCUGAGCAGUGAAUUAUCAUCUGGCAAUAACAGCAUUUCACCUGAAGGAACCAGCGGUGCAGGUGCAGCAGGAGGAGGAGGAGGAGGAGGAGGAGGAGGAGGAGGAGGAACACAAGCCCAUCUUCCAUGGAUCCCGCAUUUGUAUCCCAACGAAUCCGUGAUAAAAUCAGGUCGAGUGAACAGAAAAGGAAGAUUCACAUCCAAAAAGAGGAAUUUGAUACUGACAAAUCGACCUCGACUGCUAUACCUCGAUCAAGGCACAGACGAAACAAAAUUAGACGGUAAUCUGAGAUGUGAGAUACCCUGGACAUCUCAUCUUUUGCCUGAAUUGAAGGGAAAGUCCACAUUCAGCAUACAUACACCUGAAAAAUCAUGGACAUUUGAGGAUCGCCAUCAUGCGCAAGAAUGGGUCAAUAUCAUUAACUCGAUGCUGGUAGAUUCAUUUGGCGUAGCAGCCUGA